UACGACCUGUGCCCGCCCAAGACCAGCGUGGCUGUGCCCCAGCCCAUCGCUGAGAGCUGCAACGAGCUGUGCGCCCGCCAGUGCCCCGACUCCACGGCCUUCAUCCAGCCGCCCCCCGUGGUGGUCACCUUCCCCGGCCCCAUCCUCAGCUCCUUCCCCCAGCAAGCCGUGGUGGGCUCCGCCGGAGCUCCCGCCUUUGGGGGCUCCCUGGGGCUGGGGGGCCUCUACGGCGCCGGGGCCACCCAGGGCUCGGGGGGCCUCUGCACCUUUGGCAGAGCUCCCGCCUGCAGCCCUUGUGUCCUGCCCCGCUCCUCCAGGAGGAUCUGGGACACCUGCGGGCCCUGCUAG